AUGAAGUCUAAUGUGAUUUCUGCUUUUGAUGAUGAUCUUCUUCAUUCCACCGUCGUUGAUGCCUCUAACAUAAACGUUUUGGCCAAAGAUUUGAGCAGCAUACAUCUUGAGGGUGAUCCCGAAAUUCAAUGGCUCCUAAGAACUGUUGGUUUUAUCGAUCUGACUACCCUUGCUGGUGAUGACACUUCUGCUAAUGUGCAUCGCCUUUGCGCUAAGGCUAAGCGCCCUCUAAGUACUCCAAUUCUGGACAAACUUUCCGAACGUUAUGGAGUGAGCCCGGAGGAAGUCCGCACUGCUGCUGUUUGUGUCUACCCCUACCAAGUAAAAACUGCAUCGGAUUAUCUCAAACGAAUCAAUGCCUCAUACAUACCCAUAGCUGCCGUUGCUACUGGUUUCCCAUCUGGCCAAUAUUCUCUCAAAUCUAGAUUAGAAGAAAUCCGCUACGCCAUUGACAGCGGAGCCUCCGAAAUAGAUAUUGUUAUCAAUCACCUGUACGAUGAGAUUUGCGUAAUGCGAACGACAUGUGGAAGUCGUAUUCAUCUCAAGACCAUCCUUGCGGUUGGGGAGUUGGGCUCAUACGCAAAUGUGUAUGCGGCCUCAAUGGCAUGCAUGCUUGCUGGGGCUGAUUUCAUCAAAACUUCCACGGGCAAAGAGAGUACCGUUAACGCAACUCUGCCAAUCAGUGUGGUGAUGUGCCGUGCCAUUGCAGAUUUCCAAGAUACUUACGGCAUUAAGAAUUUCCGAGCCUCAUUUUUGUCCUCUACUUUGAGCAGACCACCUUUGGCUCUGCGAAUUUCUUCUUUACAUUCGGUCUCUUAA